AUGAUCGAGUCGCCACCGCUGAAUAUGAACCGCCUGUCUAGCGUUAUGAACCACCUGUCGAGCGUGCUGAGCCAACUUAUGUUGCCGCUCCAGCCGUUCGGCCAGUCCUGCAGGCUCCAAUUAUACCACCUAUCCAGUACGUUCGAGCCCAUUAGGCCUGCCCAACCUCCCGAGCCUAUCGAAGAGGAGGAUGUCCCCGAGAUCCCCGUCUCCGAGUACACCGACAAAGGCAAGAGUUCACAGCCGUUUACGCGCCUCCAAAAGAGCACGCGGCCAUGCCAGACGUCGGCGACCUCACAGCAAGGAGUCAAGUCAUGGCUGAAGACGGCAUUCCGCCGGACGAGCAAGGGCCAGAAAGAGGAGCAAGAGAAUCAGAACGGUGCUGGUAGCCUGUUUGUCGGGGGAGCUUCUCUUGCUCAGCAGCCUGAUGGGACGCCGCAGCAGGUAGCUACCAAGACGAUGUAUGGUGGCGAUGAGAAUGAGGUUCCUGUAUCAAGGUACUUGACAGGCACGGAUGGGUCCAAGUACUCCCAGGAGCAAGAGGAGUCGGCUGCGGGUGGUGUGUUGGCGUCGAACCCGGUGAAAGAAACGGCGGCGCCGAGGGAGGAGGGGUAUGAGUCGGAGGAGGCGAGGGAUCAGUUCAAUGAUGCGGAUGUUGCGAUGCCGAUUUUUUAG